CAGCUGUCAUACUCGUCACCUGUGUAAACGUAUCGAGUGGCUUCCCCCUCGGUAAACGAGAUUAUAAACCGGUCUGUUGGUGGAGGUCCGCGUGUGACGACAGCUUCAACAGACCCGAGUCAGACAUGCAGGCCUUCGUCAACAUGCAGGUGGUUGUGGCGACUGUGGUGAUGGUGGUGGCAGUGGUGUUAGCUGACCGCUAUUCAGGGAAAGUGCUGCUCGUGUCGAUGGACGGUUUCCGCUGGGACUACAUCACAAAAGUGUCCAAUCUGACCAACUUCCCGAGGAUGGCAGCUUCGGGGGUGGCUGUUGAUUAUGUCAACAACACGUUCGUCACCAAGACUUUCCCUUGUCACUACACUAUUGUUACAGGGCUGUAUGAGGAGAGCCAUGGCAUCGUGGCCAACAGAAUGUACGAUCCUGAUCACAACGCAAGUUUCACCAUGUCCAGCACCGAGUCCUUCUGGUGGGAAGGAGGGGAACCGGUCUGGGUGACAGCAGACAAACAAAACAAGAAGACAGGUGUUUAUUUCUGGCCUGGAAGCGAGGCUGAGAUCCGAGGACGUCGUCCCCAGAAAUGGUUCAAAUACAAUGAAAGUGUUCCAUUUAAUGAACGGGUGGCUACAGCUAUAGGGUGGUUCACAGAAGAUAACAUGGACUUUGUGGCGAUGUACUUUAAUGAGCGUACCACUGGUCAUAAGUACGGCCCUGAUUCGCCGCAAAUAGCUGCGAAAGUGCGAGAGAUGGACCAACUGCUUGGCAACAUCCUGGACACCAUCGACUCAAAAGGUCUGCGCGAUACAGUCAAUGUCAUCGUGACAUCAGACCAUGGCAUGACUAGGGUCGAUUCACAAAACAAGGUGAUAGACAUAUGGAAGUGGUCGACAGUUCAAUGAUCCAAAGGGUAGUGGACAGUGGAGUGAUCACCGCCAUCAUUCCAGCAGAAGGACAAGAACAAGAAGUGGUAGACAGGCUGAAUAAUCAAAGUCACGUGACGGUAUACCAAAAGGAAAAGAUGCCGGAUCACUUUCACUACAAGAACAAUCCCCGGAUCACGCCCAUCAUUGUAAUGGCUGAUGAAGGAUGGCAGCUCACCUCGGAUAUAGCUUCUGUCAGAAGAGGGAACACUUUAGGUGAGCACGGGUACAGCAAUGAACUGCCCUCGAUGAAGCCAAUCUUCUUCGCCCGGGGACCAAACUUCCAAACCGGUGUGCGGACCACCUCCAUCCGUUCUGUGGACAUCUACCCGCUGGUGUGCAAGCUGCUCAACAUCGAUGCUGCCCCUAACAACGGCAGCCUGGACAACACAGCUUCCCUCCUCAAGUCCUCCACCAACGGUGGUGUCUCGCCUUUUCUUGUUGACCGGCAACUGGCGGCGGUCCUGGCUCUCAAUGUAGCACUCGUCCUUUGGAUUGUUUGAAGGAAAUGAUCUCUUACGAUUUUUGCUAGUGUCCUUGAUAUUGCUUUUCUUUCUUUUUUCUUUUGUUUUGCUUUUAUUCCAUGUCAGAUAGUUUUGCAAAAAUCAAAUUUUUCUGAUUAUAUGGUUCUAUUGUCUGAAAAAAUUGAGGAAGACCUCCCUAAAAUUUUAUUGACAUGUGUUUUUAUUACUCAGGAAACAAACUGUUGGAUUUUUUGUAUUUCUCUGAUUAGCUAAUAAAGUCUUGUCAUAUUUAA